CGUCUUUCCAGCACGUGCAUACUAGAAUGGCGUAUGGGAAAAUACGGGAGCGUCUGUUCCUUAUACUAAGUUCUUUCGCGUGCAUUACUUUAGUUCAGUGCGGACGUGCAGUACAAUUGUCUAAAAAUGAAGACACAAAUGAUGGUGGCAAAAUUAUAUCAGAACAAAGUCUGUUCGACCACGACGGAUAUGAGGCUUUACCUGAUUUUGAAUAUCUCGGUGGUGACGCCAUUGUUUCUGGGCAAGUCAGUUCUUCUGAAGCAGCCUGGUAUGCCAUGUCUCCAAAGUUGAGGUGUGGUGAUGAUUUUAUGAAGUUGCAGCUCAGUGGUCCUGAAGUAGCACAAAUUGAACUUUGUCAAGGUAAUGGGGCAGCUGUUCCUCUCAAUGACUUGCCACCUCACUGUGGAUCUACCAUACCCACUUAUGGAGGUGUUACCUAUGCUACCCCCUAUGAUGGAUGUGGUGUUGCACAACAGGGAGGGAGUUAUGUGAUGCAAAUGCAAUGGCAGGGUAACCGUGCAGUCAUUUCUUGUCCCAUGACCUCUACAACUGCAAAUGAAACCUUCCUAGGACCUCAUUCUGCUUCAUAUCCGCAACUUCUGCUUCCCCUUUAUCCUGAUAAACUUACUCCACAAAUAAGUACAAUGCCAGAACCAUCUGCAGCACACAAACCUCCACCUUAUGGGUACCCUGAAGUGUUUCCACAAGCAGGGAAACCUCCAUCAGAUGCCCAAGUACCAACCCAGAAACCUCAGUUUCCAAAGGACCCCCAUAUGAUGUGGCCAUAUCCGUACUCCCAAUCCCAGUAUCCUGGUAAGGGCUAUCCCACAGCUGAGCCUGCAGGUGAAUCUUCUACAGAUGACCAGGCACCAGACCAGAAACCUCAGUUUCCAAAGGACCAUCAUAUGUGGCCAUAUCCCUACUCCCAAUCCCAGUAUCCUGGUAAGGGCUAUCCCACAGCUGAGCCUGCAGGGGAGUCUUCUACAGAUGACCAGGCACCAGACCAGAAACCUCAGUUUCCAAAGGACCCCUAUAUGAUGUGGCCAUAUCCCAUAGCUAAACCAGGAGGGAAGUUUCCAUCAGAUGCCCAAAUGCCAACCCAGAAACCUCAAUUUCCAAAGGACCCCCAUAUGAUGUGGCCAUAUCCUAUAGCUAAACCAGGAGGGAAACUUCCAUCAGAUGCCCAAAUGCCAACCCAGAAACCUCAGUUUCCAAAGGACCCCCAUAUGAUGUGGCCAUAUCCCUACUCCCAAUCCCAGUAUCCUGGUAAGGGCUAUCCCACAGCUGAGCCUGCAGGGGAGUCUUCUACAGAUGACCAGGCACCAGACCAGAAACCUCAGUUUCCAAAGGACCCCUAUAUGAUGUGGCCAUAUCCCAUAGCUAAACCAGGAGGGAAGCUUCCAUCAGAUGCCCAAGUGCCAACCCAGAAACCUCCGUUUCCAAAGGACCCCCAUAUGAUGUGGCCAUAUCCCAUAGCUAAACCAGGAGGGAAACUUCCAUCAGAUGCCCAAGUGCCAACCCAGAAACCUCAGUUUCCAAAGGACCCCCAUAUGAUGUGGCCUUAUCCCAUAGCUAAACCAGGAGGGAAACUUCCAUCAGAUGCCCAAGUGCCAACCCAGAAACCUCCGUUUCCAAAGGACCCCCAUAUGAUGUGGCCAUAUCCCUACUCCCAAUCCCAGUAUCCUGGUAAGGGCUAUCCCACAGCUGGGCCUGCAGGGGAAUCUUCUACAGAUGACCAGAAACCUCAGUUUCCAAAGGACCCCUAUAUGAUGUGGCCAUAUCCCAUAGCUAAACCAGGAGGGAAACUUCCAUCAGAUGCCCAAAUGCCAACCCAGAAACCUCCGUUUCCAAAGGACCCCCAUAUGAUGUGGCCAUAUCCCUACUCCCAAUCCCAGUAUCCUGGUAAGGGCUAUCCCACAGCUGAGCCUGCAGGGGAAUCUUCUACAGAUGACCAGAAACCUCAGUUUCCAAAGGACCCCUAUAUGAUGUGGCCAUAUCCCAUAGCUAAACCAGGAGGGAAACUUCCAUCAGAUGCCCAAGUGCCAACCCAGAAACCUCCGUUUCCAAAGGACCCCCAUAUGAUGUGGCCAUAUCCCUACUCCCAAUCCCAGUAUCCUGGUAAGGGCUAUCCCACAGCUGAGCCUGCAGGGGAGUCUUCUACAGAUGACCAGGCACCAGACCAGAAACCUCCGUUUCCAAAGGACCCCCAUAUGUGGCAGAAACCGCAACCCCCAAUUUACCCUGGAAGUCCGUUCCCCCAGUAUAGCCAUUUCCCAGAUUAUUUGCAGCAGUUUUAUUCACAAUACCCUAUGCAGCCUCUGAAAACCCCUACCGCAUCACCUAUAACCACCACUCCUCAACCCUGUACUACAACUGCAGCUGCUGAAUGUGUUCCUUCUGCAAACCAGCCUCUCAAAGAGCCACCCCAAUACUAUAAACCACCCAGUUAUAUGCGUUAUGAAAAAGACCCCUUUGCACUUAAAUUUGUGGAUUUUUCGGAAAUUGAUCGCAAAUCCUUCCCAAGAACUUGAGGACCAAGGAUUACCAUUUAAGAUUACGUUGUUAAUGUCAACCAUCAUACUUUGAAAAAAAAAAAAAA